UCCGCCUCCGCGCUGCUCCUGCUGCUGCUUCUCCUUCUCCGGGCUGAACCGGGGGGCGCCGAGCUCACCUUCGAGCUGCCUGACAACGCCAAGCAGUGCUUCCACGAGGACGUGGAGCAGGGCGUGAAGUUUUCCCUGGAUUACCAAGUCAUCACUGGAGGCCACUACGAUGUUGACUGCUAUGUGGAGGACCCCCUGGGGAACACCAUCUACAGGGAAACCAAGAAGCAGUAUGACAGCUUCACGCACCGGGCUGAGGUCAAGGGCGUUUAUCAGUUUUGCUUCAGUAAUGAGUUUUCCACCUUCUCUCACAAGACCGUCUACUUUGACUUUCAAGUGGGCGACGAGCCCCCCAUUCUCCCAGACAUGGGGAAUAGGGUCACAGCUCUCACCCAGAUGGAAUCUGCCUGUGUGACCAUCCAUGAGGCUCUGAAGACGGUGAUUGACUCCCAGACGCAUUACCGGCUCCGGGAGGCCCAGGACCGGGCCCGGGCCGAAGACCUGAAUAGCCGAGUCUCUUACUGGUCUGUCGGUGAGACGAUCGCCCUGUUCGUGGUCAGCGUCAGCCAGGUGCUGCUGCUGAAAAGCUUCUUCACAGAGAAACGGCCCGUCAGCAGGGCGGUCCACUCCUAGUGGGGCGCUCUGCUCCCGGCCCCGCGCUCCCCAGGAUGGAGCAGCUCCUCGAGGUCACAGGCUCCUGGGGGCUGGUGGGCACAGCCCAGGGUGUGGGGGCAGAGCUGCCUGGAGGAGCGCAGGGUGAUGUGCCCUCACCUGCUCUCUAUUCAGAUGCCUGGUCCUCGUCCGGCAGCCUCAGCUCCUAGAACCCCGUACUUGGAGGGCAUCUGGCUGCCUUAUGUGUGUGACGCUGGGCAAAGAAGGGACCCCCAGGCUGGGGACUGGCCACCGUGGGAGGCAGGCAGGCGGCCAUCCAGUGGCCUGGCUGGUAGGAGGAGCCCCACGUGCCCAGGCCUCCAGGCGGCAGCUCAGGGCUUUGUCUCUGCUCCGUGACACACGGCCCGCUUGGCUUGUGUGUGUCCUAACCCGGGCAGGGAAGACGGGGCCCUCUGUCUGGCCUGUUCUCCCGCGGAGCAGUACCUGUGGAAACGAGGCCCUGAAGCGGCUUUGCAGGGGUCCCCACCCCAGGCGGGCCAUGGCAUCAGCCCUGCAGGCAGGAACAACAUGGUGGCUGGGUGCCUUGGUUGGCUGCGUAUCUCCUGGGAGGCAGGACUCUGGCUAAUAAAAACCACGUGUGAGCACCACGGA